CAGAACGAGAGAGUGAGCUCCACCAUUACCGCGCUGGUAGCGUGAGCGUCCACCAUACCGCGCUGGUGUCCGACGGCCUGAUGAAUGGCAUCAUGAGUCGGAGGUCGAGCGGAGGUAGCAAACCGUCACUCGGCGUGGGCGACUCAGUUACGGUUUGCUGGUGCCCGCGUUCUGGAACGUGGUACACAGGCGAGGUCACCGCCCUCAACGCCGAGACCCGCCGUUUCGAGGUGACGUAUGACCCCGACGGCGCCGACGAACCGGAGAAGCAGUGGCACCCGCUCGCCUGGCUAGAGCCUGUUGACGGCCAGCGCCCGCGCGUCAAGGUGGCCGCCGUGUCCGAGCCUGACGUCGAGGUGAAGAUCAAACGCCCACGAAAGACCGUGCAACCGCGGGCCAAGCCCGUGGCUCCGCCUGCUCCAACGGCCUCCGACGCGCGGCCAGCCUCGACGCCCCAGGCCCAGAGCGCGCGCUGCGAGAGCAUCUCGGAGCGAAUGGCUUUUCUCAGACAGCUAAAAGAGGGGGGCAAGAUCUCCGAGGCGGAAGAGGCGAGGCAUCGGGACCGGAUCCUCGGCGAGAUCUGAACGGCAAGCCUAGACGCUGAUCACUCCAGUCCGGCGCACGGCGGACACGCGCUGACGGCGUGUGCCGUGAGCACAGAUCCUGCAGGCCAAUAGUCAUUCCGUUCUCGCCGGUACGCCUUUCUCGCACGUCGCAUUUUGCUGUCUCUCAGUCUCCUUCUCGAUAGGCGUGUUCGUCAGAUGCCGCUCUGUAUGCGUACGUGGUCUGGGACUCCCUCGCGUCUUCCCGCGGCGAGUUAAGCUCUUAAGCAGUGUCCGCGCCUCUCUCACGUUCACUCUAUCUCCGGAGAUUAUGUGUUUGUACGAGCCACCAUAGAACAAGAUCUGUAGAUGCCCUUUUGGGCUUGAUA